GUUCCAGGCAUAAGCCAUAAUAUAAGACGAGCAGGAACUCGUUCAAAAAAAAAAAAACCGACGUCCGACCAAAAAACAACGCAACUCUUUCCUAAGUGUUGAUCAUUACUCCGGCCCUUUUUCCCUAAACAAAUGCCUGGAUUACUCUUCGUCACUGCCGCCGAAGCAGAUUACAAGACUGUCAAUCAAGCACUACUGGAUCUGCACGAAUGGGACAAUGACUUUGAUUCUUUUCUCCUCAUAACGGAUAAAGAGAUUAUCAAUGCAGAUGACUAUGAGACCACUUCACCUUCUCUGACCAGUCUGGCCAAGAACGAAUGGUCUGGCGCUUCCAUGGAGGAAAUCGAGAAACAUUGCCUGCAACUCUCCAAAAAGGAAGAAGAAACGCACUGUGGCCCCCUCUUCCUCGUCCUAGACACCGAGGGUGUGAAGACAAGAACCUUUGUACUGGGCCAUUUACCAUACGAAUACCACGACCUCGACGACCCGGAGACUUGGCAAGGCAGAUUUGAAAAAGUGAGGCUGCCGUGGGAUGAUACGUAUAUCAUGUGGUGUAAUUUGGACAUUGCGAAUAUGGGAUUUGAAGAGUUUACGGUGGAAGGGCAGGAUGGUGAGGGGAAGGGGGAUGAGGAGGGGUGGUUUACGCAUAAACAGAUUGGGGAGGCAGGGGAUCAUAUUACUGAUGAGGGAAAGGAGAAGAGAAGGAGAGAGGAGGAGAGGCUGAGAGAGGAAGGUCUUAUUUAGGUGGUGUAACAUUCCAAUGGGGGGGGGGGGGGGUUU